GUGUGGGAUUUCUGCCGCUUUGUAAAUGAUGCUUGGACACUAAUCGGCCAUUCAAUACUGGUAAACUCGUGGGACAACCUUUUAAGACCUAUAGACAUGCGGCGUACGCAACACACAGAAACAUGGGAUGCUGACAUAAGUAACGCAGUUGAACUUCUGCAUACAUUACCUGGAUGUGAACAGUGCCAGAAUGUUCAUGUGUUACGUUGGUUUAAUAUGGAUAACGGACAUGAUAUAAUCAAGAAGGUAUGUACCAAUGAAGUUCUUCGAGAAUUUAAAAACGAUACUCUGUGUCCAGAGAACAUAAAUAUUACAGACGAUGAAGCUGGACCUUCUCGUGCGAA